AUGGGUAUCUCUCGUGACUCCCGGCACAAGCGUGCCGCUACCGGUGCCAAGCGAGCGUCCGCUUGGAAGAAGAGAGCCUUCGAGGCGGGCCGCCAGCCUGCGAACACCCGUAUCGGUGCCAAGCGCAUCCACACCGUCCGCACCCGCGGUGGCAACCACAAGUACCGUGCCCUUCGUCUCGACUCGGGUAACUUUACCUGGGCCUCUGAGGGCUGCACCCGCAAGACUCGUGUCAUCGUUGUGGUUUACCACCCGUCGAGCAACGAGUUCUUCCGUACCAACACCCUGACCAAGUCGGCCAUCAUCCAGAUCGACGCUGCGCCCUUCCGUCAGUGGUACGAGGCUCACUACGGCCAGCCGCUCGGCCGUCGUCGCCAGCAGAAGCAGGGUCAGGCCCUCGAGGAGGUCAAGAAGAGCAAGUCGGUCGAGAAGAAGCAGGCCGCUCGCUUCGCCACUGCCGGCAAGGUCGACAACGCCCUCGAGAAGCAGUUCGAGGCCGGUCGUCUGUACGCCGUCAUCUCUAGCCGUCCCGGCCAGUCCGGCCGCGCCGAUGGCUACAUCCUGGAGGGCGAGGAACUCGCCUUCUACCAGCGCAAGCUCCACAAAUAA